AUGAAUGCUUUCGAAGUGGGAAAAAUAAUUGAAAAAGGUGAUAAAUGUUCCAAAUGCCGUCUGUCCAAAACAAUUGAUAUACUUAACUGGGAGGAAGUUAAAGAUAGGUUUAUUAAGAGAGGAAUUGAAACCAAACAAAAAGCCAUUAAGCGAAAGAAUAAUAGUUAUUAUUCUUCUUGUUAUUGUGAGGCAAUUGUUAACCGAACUCCCCCAGAAGAACAGUUAUUAAAGGAUAAAAAGGAAAAAUUAGCCAAGUUAGAAGCAGAAAAACAACAAUCACAAGAGAAUAAAAAACCUUUCAACUGA